AUGUCCCGCCUUGAGAGACCUGCCGGCCCCAACCGGACGGCUUCGGCCAGCAGCUUCGCUGAGGCCUUCAGCAUUGCCCGCAGAAACCUCGAGGACCAGAUCUCGCACGAGGAGCCGGUCUCCCCGUCGGCCGAGCUGUCGUCGCCCGAUCUGCCGCCCACCGACGCGCCCUCGCUGUCCAACUCCAACGUCAUUACGCCGGCCGGCCUGGCGACACCCCUCACCGAGCCCGAGACGCCGCCCACGGACGAAGACAGCGAUGUGGCCGACAACUUUGCGUUCGCCUUUGACAUUGACGGCGUCCUUGUGCGUGGCGGCCAGCCGAUCCCGGAGGCCGUCGAGGCCAUGAAGGUGCUCAACGGCGACAACAAGUACGGCAUUCGAGUUCCCUACAUCUUCCUUACCAACGGCGGCGGCAAGACGGAGGCCGAGCGCUGCGUCGACCUGUCGGCGCAGCUGCAGCUCGAGGUCAGCCCCGGCCAGUUCAUCUGCGGCCACACGCCCAUGCGCGAGCUCGCCGACCAGUACCGCGGGGCGGUGCUCGUGGUGGGCGGCGAGGGCGAGAAGUGCCGCAGCGUGGCGGAGCACUACGGCUUCCGGGACGUGAUUACGCCCGGCGACAUCAUCAAGGCCAACGCGGCGACGGCGCCGUUCCGCAAGCUGACGGACCAGGAGCACGCCAACUCGCGCGACCUGCUGGCGCGGCGCGGCAUCGAAAAGAUGUCGGACAUUGUCAUCGAGGCCGUGUUUGUGUUUGCCGACAGCCGCGACUGGGCGUCGGACCUGCAGAUCAUCCUGGACAUUGCCAUGUCCAAGGGCGGGCGCCUCGAGACGCGCUCCGAGACGUUUGACGAGGGCCCGCCCAUCUACUUCUCGCACAGCGACGUCGUCUGGUCGGCCGCGCACGAGCACGUGCGCCUCGGCAUGGGCGCGCUGCGGCGCAUUGUCGAGACGGUGUUUGCCGAGGUCACGGGCGGCAAGACGCUGACGACGCACGCCUUUGGCAAGCCGCAGGUGUCGACGUUUGAGUUUGCCACGCGGCUGCUGCAGCAGUGGCGCGCCGCGCAGCACGGCCUCGUGGCCUCGAGCCGGCCGCUGGACACGGUGUACUUUGUGGGCGACACGCCCGAGUCGGACAUCCGCGGCACCAACGCCAUGGACGCGCGCAGCAAGACCACGUCGUGGUACAGCGUGCUGGUCAAGACGGGCGUCUACCAGGACGGCACCGAGCCCGCGUACACGCCCAAGGCCGUCGUGCCGACCGUGCUGGACGCGGUGCACCACGGCAUUGAGCGCGAGAUGCAGCGGCGCCAGGCCCGCCGCAGCCGCAUGGACGCCAAGACCAACCAGGGUGCCUUUAUGGAGAAACUGGCCACGAUUGAGGUGACCGACUGCUCGUAG